AUGUCACUGUAUGUUCUCCUAGGCAACCACUUCACUCGGUGGAGGAGAGCACCUCCAUCUAAAACAAACAUUGUUCCAAAUACGAAUAAUUCUUCCGCUUCAUCUUGUCCUACGUCUCCUCCGCUUUCCUUCGUGUCUGACAUUUUCUUUUUUUUCUUUUUUUUACAAUUCCUCCUCCUCCUACUUCCUCUUCUUGUCCCAUGUGUCUUCUUUUUUUCUUCUUGUCUUUUACGACCCCCUUCUUCUUCUCUUCUUGUCCAUGUGUACGUCUUGUCCUCCGACCUUUCCUUCUUCUUGUCUUACAUUUUUUUCCUUCAUUUUUUUUUUACGACUCCUCCUUCUCCUUCCUCUUCUUGUCCCAUGUGUCCUCUUCUUUUUCUUCUUGUCCACGACCCCAUCCUCUUCUUGUCCUACGUCUCCUCCGCUUUCCUUCUUUUGUCUUACAUUUUUUUUUUCUUUUUUUUUCCUCCUUUCCUUUCUUUUUACCAUGUGUCCUCUUCUUUUUUUUCUUGUCCUACGACCCCAUCCUUCUUGUCCUACGUCUCCUCCGUCCUUCUUCUUGUCUUACAUUUUUUUUUCUUUUUUUUACGUCCUCCUUCCCCUUCCUCUUCUUGUUGUCCUACUUCUUUUUCUUCUUGUCCCACAACCCCAUUCUUCUUUGUCCUACGUCUCCUCCGCUUUUUCUUUUUCUUACAUUUUUUUUCCUUCUUUUUUUUACGACUCCUCCUUCUCCUUCCUCUUCUUGUACCAUGUGUCCUCUUCUUUUUCUUCUUGUCCUACAACCCCAUUCCUCUUCUUGUCCCUACGUCUCCUCCGCUUUCCUUCUUCUUGUCUUACAUUUUCUUUUUUCCUUCUUUUUUACUCCUCCUCCUUCUCCUUCCUCUUCUUGUCCCAUGUGUCCCUUCUUUUUCUUCUUGUCCCACAACCCCAUCCUCUUCUUGUCCUACGUCUCCUCCGCUUUCCUUCUUCUUGUCUUACAUUUUCUUUUUCUUAUUUUUUUACGACUCCUCCUUCUCCUUCCUCUUCUUGUACCAUGUGUCCUCUUCUUUUUCUUCUUGUCCUACAACCCCAUUCCUCUUCUUGUCCUACGUCUCCUCCGCUUUCCUUCUUCUUGUCUUACAUUUUUUCUUUUUUCUUAUUUUUACGACUCCUCCUUCUCCUUCCUCUUCUUGUACCAUGUGUCCUCUUCUUUUUUCUUCUUGUCCCACAACCCCAUUCCUCUUCUUGUCCUACGUCUCCUCCGCUUUCCUUAUUCUUGUCUUACAUUUUCUUUCCUUAUUUUUUACGACUCCUCCUUCUCCUUCCUCUUCUUGUACCAUGUGUCCUCUUCUUUUUUCUUCUUGUCCCACGACCCCAUUCCUCUUCUUGUCCCUACGUCUCCUCCGCUUUCCUUCUUCUUGUCUUACAUUUUCUUUUCCUUCUUUUUUACGACUCCUUCUCCUUCCUCUUCUUGUACCAUGUGUCCUCUUCUUUUUUCUUCUUGUCCUACGACCCCUUCCUCUUCUUGUCCUACGUCUCCUCCGCUUUCCUUCUUCUUGUCUUACAUUUUCUUUUUUCUUUUUUACGACUCCUCCUUCUCCUUCCUCUUCUUACCAUGUGUCCUCUUCUUUUUCUUCUUGUCCUACGACCCCCCUUCCUCUUCUUGUCCUACGUCUCCUCCGCUUUCCUUCUUCUUGUCUUUAUAUUUUCUUUUCCUUUCUUUUUACGACUCCUCCUUCUCCUUCCUCUUCUUGUACCAUGUGUCCCUUCUUUUUUUUCCUUGUCCUACGACCCCCCUCUUCUUGUCCCUUUUUCUUCAUGUUUCCUUUCUUCUUUUUUUACUUGUCCUUUUUUACGACCCCUUCUUCCUUCUUCUUGUCCCAUGUGUCCUCCUUUUCUUGUCCUACUUCUUGUCUUACAUUUCCUUCUUCUUGUCUUACAUUUUCUUUUCCUUCUUUUUUACGACUCCUCCUUCUCCUUCCUCUUCUUGUACCAUGUGUCCUCUUCUUUUCUUCUUGUCCCACAACCCCUUCCUCUUCUUGUCCUACGUCUCCUCCGCUUUCCUUCUUCUUGUCUUACAUUUUCUUUUCCUUAUUUUUUUACGACUCCUCCUUCUCCUUCCUCUUCUUGUACCAUGUGUCCUCUUCUUUUUCUUGUUGUCCUACAACCCCCUUCCUCUUCUUGUCCUACGUCUCCUCCGCUUUCCUUCUUCUUGUCUUACAUUUUCUUUUUCUUAUUUUUUUACGACUCCUCCUUCUCCUUCCCUUCUUGUACCAUGUGUCCUUCUUUUCUUCUUGUCCUAUGACCCCCUUCCUCUUCUUGUCCUACGUCUCCUUGUUUUCCUUCUUCUUGUCUUACAUUUUCUUUUUUUCUUAUUUUUUUACGACUCCUCCUUCUCCUUCCUCUUCUUGUACCAUGUGUCCUGUUCUUUUUCUUUUUGUCCUACGACCCCAUCCUCUUCUUGUCCUACGUCUCCUCCGCUUUCCUUCUUCUUGUCUUACAUUUUCUUUUCCUUUUUUUUUUACGACUCCUCCUUCUCCUUCCUCUUCUUGUCCCAUGUGUCCUCUUCUUUUUCUUCUUGUCCCUACAACCCCAUUCCUCUUCUUGUCCUACGUCUCCUCCGCUUUCCUUCUUCUUGUCUCACAUUUUUUUUUUCCUUAUUUUUUUUUACGACUCCUCCUUCUCCUUCCUCUUCUUGUCCCAUGUGUCCUCUUCUUUUUCUUGUUGUCCUACAACCCCAUUCCUCUUCUUGUCCUACGUCUCCUCCGCUUUCCUUCUUCUUGUCUUACAUUUUCUUUUCCUUCUUUUUUACGACUCCUCCUUCUCCUUCCUCUUCUUGUACCAUGUGUCCUCUUCUUUUUCUUCUUGUCCUACGACCCCCUUCCUCUUCUUGUCCUACGUCUCCUCCGCUUUCCUUCUUCUUGUCUUACAUUUUCUUUUUCUUAUUUUUUUACGACUCCUCCUUCUCCUUCCUCUUCUUGUACCAUGUGUCCUCUUCUUUUUCUUGUUGUCCUACGACCCCAUCCUCUUCUUGUCCUACGUCUCCUCCGCUUUCCUUCUUCUUGUCUUACAUUUUCUUUUCCUUCUUUUUUACGACUCCUCCUUCUCCUUCCUCUUCUUGUCCCAUGUGUCCUCUUCUUUUUCUUCUUGUCCUACAACCCCAUUCCUCUUCUUGUCCUACGUCUCCUCCGCUUUCCUUCUUCUUGUCUUACAUUUUCUUUUUCUUAUUUUUUUACGACUCCUCCUUCUCCUUCCUCUUCUUGUACCAUGUGUCCUCUUCUUUUUCUUCUUGUCCUACAACCCCAUUCCUCUUCUUGUCCUACGUCUCCUCCGCUUUCCUUCUUCUUGUCUUACAUUUUCUUUUCCUUCUUUUUUACGACUCCUCCUUCUCCUUCCUCUUCUUGUCCCAUGUGUCCUCUUCUUUUACUUCUUGUCCUACAACCCCAUUCCUCUUCUUGUCCUACGUCUCCUCCGCUUUCCUUCUUCUUGUCUUACAUUUUCUUUUCCUUCUUUUUUACGACUCCUCCUUCUCCUUCCUCUUCUUGUCCCAUGUGUCCUCUUCUUUUUCUUCUUGUCCUACAACCCCAUUCCUCUUCUUGUCCUACGUCUCCUCCGCUUUCCUUCUUCUUGUCUUACAUUUUCUUUUCCUUCUUUUUUACGACUCCUCCUUCUCCUUCCUCUUCUUGUACCAUGUGUCCUCUUCUUUUACUUCUUGUCCUACAACCCCCUUCCUCUUCUUGUCCUACGUCUCCUCCGCUUUCCUUCUUCUUGUCUUACAUUUUCUUUUUCUUAUUUUUUUACGACUCCUCCUUCUCCUUCCUCUUCUUGUACCAUGUGUCCUCUUCUUUUUCUUCUUGUCCUACGACCCCCUUCCUCUUCUUGUCCUACGUCUCCUCCGCUUUCCUUCUUCUUGUCUUACAUUUUCUUUUUCCUUAUUUUUUACGACUCCUCCUUCUCCUUCCUCUUCUUGUACCAUGUGUCCUCUUCUUUUUCUUCUUGUCCUACGACCCCAUUCCUCUUCUUGUCCUACGUCUCCUCCGCUUUCCUUCUUCUUGUCUUACAUUUUCUUUUCCUUCUUUUUUACGACUCCUCCUUCUCCUUCCUCUUCUUGUCCCAUGUGUCCUCUUCUUUUACUUCUUGUCCUACGACCCCCUUCCUCUUCUUGUCCUACGUCUCCUCCGCUUUCCUUCUUCUUGUCUUACAUUUUCUUUUCCUUCUUUUUUACGACUCCUCCUUCUCCUUCCUCUUCUUGUCCCAUGUGUCCUCUUCUUUUACUUCUUGUCCCCUGACCCCAUUCCUCUUCUUGUCCUACGUCUCCUCCGCUUUCCUUCUUCUUGUCUUACAUUUUCUUUUCCUUCUUUUUUACGACUCCUCCUUCUCCUUCCUCUUCUUGUCCCAUGUGUCCUCUUCUUUUACUUCUUGUCCUACAACCCCAUUCCUCUUCUUGUCCUACGUCUCCUCCGCUUUCCUUCUUCUUGUCUUACAUUUUCUUUUUCUUAUUUUUUUUUGCCACUACUCCAUCUCCUUCCUCUUCUUGUCCCAUGUGUCCUCUUCUUUUACUUCUUGUUCUACGACCCCCUUCCUCUUCUUCUACUACGUCUCCUGCUCUUCUCGCAAGUUUGUUCCUUCUUAUUAGAGAUCAAAAUCUGA